CCGCUCAGAUUCAAAUUCAAACAAAAAUUUCACGUUUCGCCGUUCGGACGUCGUUUCUCGUUGCCGUUGCGGCUUGAAUUUUGCUGAAACGAAACGGCGACUCGAUUUUGGUGCUUAGUACAGGAUGUCCUGAAGCUGAAGGAUUUUAAGCAAAAGGGAAAGGUCUCGGAAAAGUGCUUCAAAAUAAUAAAUUCGAGGCGGAGAAAACGCAAAGCGGAGAACCGGAGAACGUAGACGAGAAACACCGAAAAACAGAGAACUUAAACGAGAAAACUGAAUCAAAAAACAGCACAAGACGCUGAUCAGAAUCGCUGAAUAAAACAAAAUUAAAAUGCGGAGGUGAAUUACGUGAAAUAAUUCAAUUAAUUCGUUUUGCGAACAACACAACGUAAACAAAAAAAAUGGUUGUAUUUUGUUGUUACGUGAACGUUGCGUUAUUGAAUUUAUGAAUCAAGAUUUUGUUGCCUCCCGCCGCGUAUUAUUUUCUCAUUAUUUUUUUGCCAAUUUUUUUUACUGUGUAUGUGAAGACAAAAACAACAAUAAUAAUGGUAACAAAAGCAACAGCAGCAACAAAACAUAAACAACAACAGUAAACAGACUAAAAACAACGGCAGAAAGCGGCUAAAAACAACUGUGCAAUUAAAAUAAAAUUAUAUAUAACCAAGUAUUAUAAAAAAAAUAAUACAAAUUUUGAUAAGUGUCGACGGAAAAAGUAGCUCAAUAUGAGCCAGAAAAGCAGCAACAACGACAGCUAUAUAGCUGCUCCACAACAACAACAGCAAAAAAUGAAAAUUGGAAAAGUGCAACAACACAAAUGAUGCAUAUAUGAAAUGAAAUCAAAAUAGUAAACAAAAAAAACCAGCCAAAAAAAUUAAAAAUUUGAAAUAAUAAUUUUUUUCUCCCCUCCAAUUGCCUGGCAAUAUUUAAUUGUUUAUAUAUAUAUAUAGCAUUACCAUCUUCAUAUAUAUCUAUUAUAUAUGUAAAUGUAUUAUAUAUUUGUGUAUCUGUGUGUGUGUAUUUUCGUGUGCAUUCCAUCCAUUAAUUCUACAACUCAAUUUAUGUAAAACAAAACAAAAAUAAAUAAAAACCAAAUACAAAAAAAAAUAAAAUUUUAACCAAAAACAACCAACAAAAAACUGCAUGUUAAACGCGUUAAAAUAAACAAAUUAACAAUAUACACCCGUGAAACAAACAAAAUAAUCUGAACCACAAAUCGUGCACCAAAAUGGCGGACAUCAUGCGUCCGCCGUACAGUGAGAUCAAACGGCCGGACGAAAUCGUCAGAAUGACAACCGCCGACAAUCUCAAGUUCGCCGUCCUCAUCGGCCUCAUCGAGGUUGGCCAGGUGACCAACCGGGAGGUGGUCAAUACCGUCCUGCAUUUGCUGGUCGGCGGUGAAUUCGAUAUGGAAUUGAAUUUUGUGAUACAGGAUGCGCAGAAUAUCAAACAUAUGCUGGAGCUGCUGGAUCAUUGUCCGCCCAAUUUGCAGGCGGAGAUUUGGAGCGUAUUCAUUGCCAUCCUGCGCAAAAGUGUCCGCAAUCUGCAGGCGUGCACCGAUGUCGGCCUCAUCGAGCAUGUCCUCGUACGCCUGCAGCGCUCCGAAACGGUUGUGGCAGAUCUGCUCAUCGAGAUGCUGGGCGUGCUGGCCAGCUACAGCAUAACGGUGAAGGAGCUGAAGCUGCUCUUCGGUACGAUGAAGGCCACCAAUGGCAAGUGGCCGCGCCACUCGGCCAAGUUGCUGAACGUCCUCCGGCAGAUGCCACACCGCAAUGGACCGGACGUGUUCUUCAGCUUUCCUGGCCGCAAGGGAUCGGCCAUGGUCCUGCCGCCUUUGGCCAAGUGGCCGUACGAGAACGGAUUUACUUUCACCACCUGGUUCCGUCUGGAUCCCAUCAACUCGGUGAAUAUCGAGCGUGAGAAGCCCUACCUUUACUGCUUCAAGACAUCGAAGGGCGUGGGCUAUACGGCGCACUUUGUGGGCAACUGCCUUGUUCUCACCUCGAUGAAGGUCAAGGGCAAGGGCUUUCAGCAUUGUGUCAAAUAUGAAUUCCAGCCACGAAAGUGGUAUAUGAUUGCCAUAGUGUAUAUAUACAAUCGUUGGACGAAAAGCGAAAUCAAGUGCCUCGUUAAUGGACAGCUGGCCUCUUCAACCGAGAUGGCCUGGUUUGUUUCCACAAACGAUCCCUUUGACAAGUGCUACAUAGGAGCCACCCCCGAAUUGGAUGAGGAGCGCGUGUUCUGUGGCCAAAUGUCGGCGAUCUACCUUUUCAGCGAGGCGCUGACCACGCAGCAGAUCUGCGCGAUGCAUCGCCUGGGACCCGGUUACAAGUCGCAGUUUCGAUUCGACAACGAGUGCUAUCUGAAUCUGCCGGACAAUCACAAGCGGGUGAGUCACUUUCAACUUCUGCCAGCGACCUUGGGGGCGUCAUCACUACCGGGAGUGGGCGGUGGCGUUGGCGGUGGCAGUGGGAGUGGCACCGGGGGCGGCGAUGCAGCAGCGGCAGCUGUUGCCGCCGGUCAGCAACAGCAAUUGCAGUUGCAAUUCCAAACGCUGGCCGCCGAACAAGAGGCGCGUGCGAUCGAUUGGACGGAUGAGAAGCUUGAUUUGAAUGCGGCCUUUGUGAAAAUACGAGCGGUUUUAACCGCCCGCAAUGCAGUGACCUUGGCAGGCAGUAGCAGUAGCAGUAGCUCUACCGCAGCAACAACAGCAGCCGGAGGAACAUCUCCCGCAGCAACAUCAUCGGCGUUGCCAGCAGCAGCGGCGACACAAAACGACAAUGAUGCCGUCGCACCACAGCAGCAACAUGCAACAACAGCAUCGUCUGGCAAUGCGGACGAUCCGCUCGGCCAUUUGCCCACUGGAAAUGCUUCUUCUUUUGAGCAACUGCGUCGAAUGUCCAGCGUGAGCAGCUUGAACUCAAUGGUCGGAACCGCCGACACUGAGGAGGUCAACCAGCUGAAAGCUGUGCUGUACGAUGGCAAACUAUCGAAUGCCAUCGUGUUCAUGUACAAUCCAGUGGCCACCGAUGGUCAAUUGUGUCUGCAGUCGUCGCCCAAGGGAAAUGUUUCAUAUUUCGUGCACACACCGCAUGCGCUGAUGCUGCAGGAUGUAAAGGCCGUGGUCACGCACUCGAUACACUGCACCCUCAACUCGAUUGGCGGCAUCCAGGUGCUAUUCCCGCUCUUCUCGCAGCUAGACAUGGCCCACGAGGGCCUGGGUGACAUCAAGCGGGAUCCCACGCUGUGCUCCAAGUUGCUGGGCUUCAUCUGUGAACUGGUGGAAACAUCGCAGACGGUGCAGCAGCACAUGAUCCAGAACCGGGGCUUCCUGGUCAUCUCGUUCAUGCUGCAGCGCUCUUCCCGCGAACACUUAACCCUCGAGGUCCUUGGAUCCUUUCUGAACCUCACCAAAUAUCUGGUCACCUGCCUGUCGGCCAAUAGCGAUCUGCUGCUCAAGCAGUUGUUCUGUUUCUCGUUUCUCACGUGGCAGCUGCUGGACCACGUCCUCUUCAACCCAGCCCUGUGGAUAUAUACGCCCGCGAAUGUCCAGGCGCGGCUCUACUCCUACUUGGCCACCGAGUUCCUCUCGGACACGCAGAUCUACAGCAAUGUGAGGAGGGUCAGCACGGUCCUGCAGACGGUGCACACACUCAAGUACUACUACUGGGUGGUCAAUCCAAGGGCCAAGAGCGGCAUCAUUCCCAAGGGACUGGACGGACCUCGCCCGGCCCAGAAGGACAUUCUGGCCAUCCGAGCCUACAUCCUGCUGUUCCUUAAGCAGCUCAUCAUGAUCGGAAAUGGCGUGAAGGAGGAUGAGCUGCAGAGCAUACUCAACUAUCUGACAACCAUGCACGAGGACGAGAACCUGCACGACGUGCUGCAGAUGCUCAUCUCGCUGAUGUCGGAGCAUCCCAGCUCCAUGGUACCUGCCUUUGAUGUGAAGCACGGCGUGCGCAGCAUCUUCAAGUUGCUGGCGGCCGAAAGUCAGUUGAUCCGUCUGCAGGCCCUCAAAUUGCUGGGCUUCUUCCUUUCGCGCAGCACCCACAAACGCAAAUACGAUGUGAUGUCACCUCACAAUCUGUACACGUUGCUGGCAGAGCGGUUGCUCCUCUACGAGGAGUCACUCUCCCUGCCCACUUACAAUGUUCUCUACGAGAUCAUGACGGAGCACAUUUCGCAGCAGAUCCUAUACACAAGGCACCCGGAACCGGAGAGUCACUACCGCCUGGAGAAUCCAAUGAUCCUCAAGGUGGUGGCCACCCUGAUCCGGCAGUCCAAGCAGACGGAGUCCCUGAUCGACGUGAAGAAGCUGUUCCUGCAGGACAUGACGCUGCUGUGCAACAGCAAUCGGGAGAAUCGGCGCACCGUGCUCCAGAUGUCCGUGUGGCAGGAGUGGCUUAUUGCGAUGGCCUACAUCCAUCCGAAGAGCAGCGAGGAGCAGAAGAUUAGCGACAUGGUGUACUCGUUAUUCAGAAUGCUGCUGCAUCAUGCCAUCAAGCAUGAGUAUGGCGGAUGGAGGGUUUGGGUGGACACCCUCGCCAUCGUCCACUCGAAGGUGUCGUACGAGGAGUUCAAGCUGCAGUUCGCCCAAAUGUACGAACACUACGAACGCCAGCGAACGGAUAACAUCACCGAUCCUGCCCUGCGUCAGGCCAGACCAAUAAGUACGAUCAGUGGUUGGGAGCGGGAGGAGCUGCAUCAGCAGCAGAACGGAGGAGCAGCUGCUGCAGUGGCCCCAAAUCAAGCAGCUGCAGCAACGGCAGCAGUCAAGGCUUCCGUUUCCAUUGCCUCCCUGGAGGAUGUGCCUCCGGUGGUCGAGGAGGAAGUGGAGGAGCUGGAACUGGAGGAGGUGGACAUACAAGAGGGUCCAAUUAUCGAGCCCGAAGCUGCCGAACCCAACAAAUCCGUGAUAGCCAACAUUUCUGAUGUGUACAACGAGCAGAUCAAAACCGAUGCCACCUGCAAUGGCAAUGGCAAUGGGAAUGGCAAUCUGGAGGAGGUCAAAGAGGAGGAUCCGGCGGCCGUGGAACGAGUUGAAGAUCUGGCGGAGAAGCCAGCGGACGCAUCUCCGCUGGGAGCACUUCGGGAAACGCUUCAGCUGGGCGAUGACAUGGAUGUGGAGGAGCUCGAACUGGCCACCGCCAAGGAUGCCCUCAAUGCGGAGCAGCAUGUGGCGCGAGUUCUUCAGGCGUCCGAAGCGGCGCUCAACGAUUGCAAAAUGGCCGUCGAUGAUGUCCUGCAGGAGGCAUCGUCCGUUCUCAAGGACGAGGAGAUCGAACUGGCCGUCAACGAAGUGGUCCAGGGUGUCCUUAACAACGAGAAGAAAUCACAAGCGGACAAGGAUAAGGAUAAGGAUAACAAGGAACAGCAGCCAGACGGGCAGGAUGUGAAUGUUAGCCUGCUGAAUAGCAAGAAUUUGCUCAACAAUAAUAAUAUUAAUAAUAACAAUAGUCCGAGUCCCACGCCCACAACGGCGACGGCGGAAACGCAAGCGGAAACGGAAACGGAAAAGGAGGUAAAUGCCAAUGAGAUCGUGGCGCCCAAGGAGCAGGAAUCCAAAACAGAUACAAAUACAGAAACGGAAACGGAAACGAUAACAAAAACGGCCGCUGCGGAAGUGGAAACCCUGAAAGCGGCCAAGCCAUGCGCAUUAGUCCCCAGCCCCGUAGUAGCAACCAAUCAAAAGACUGAAGACGCAGCCAACAAGCUGAACAACAACGAGAAGCUGGCCGAGAUCAGCGCGAGUCCCGAGCCCAUUGUUGUGUUGGAAACGCCAGAAGCCGAUCUUCUUCAGCUCUCGGACACGGAAACGGUAACGAAAACGGAAACGGAAGCAGAGGAUCCGGUGGCGUUGGCCGUUAGGGAUAUUGUCGAGCAACUGAUCGAAAAGGUGAUCGAUGCCACGGAAGCGGAAACGGCCAGCGAAACCAAAACGGAGACCAAUAACAAUGAGCUACCCAAAGGUGACAAGUCGACAUCACUCCGAGAAGUGGAAACCGCAGAGAGUUUGGCCGCUGCCACCGCCGAAGAAAUUGUCCAGGAAGUGGUGGAAGCAGCACUCGUUUUGGCUCAAGAGGAGAGUACUCCAGAGCCGGAUGCAGAAAAGCAAGCUAAAUCCCAGGAACAGGAGGAGAAGAAAAUGGCAAAGGAAGACAAUUCGCCAGAUGCUAGUGAGGAUCGGGAAAGCAAGGUGUCCGAAGCACCCAAGUCCCAAGAUCUUCAGGAACCAAAAUCCCAGAAUCUUGGGGAACCUAAAACCAAGGAACCUGAAGUUUCCAACGCACUGGAAGUCCCCCAAGAACUAGUCCAGAAACAAGAGGAUCAUGUGGCGACCAUUGUCAACCAAGUUCUCGACACUCUGGUGGAUGAAACGGUCAAGGCCGUGGCCGCCGAACAAACCACCCAGACAUCACCCGCUCCCGAGCAGCAAUCGCCACGAAUCCUGGCCAAGGAGACCUCUGUGACACCGGUGCGUGUGAAGCCCACUGAAGUGGACUCCACCACCCAGACCACGCCCAAAAACGAGGCGGGCUCCAAUCCCAUGGUUGAGGAGGUGGUGCAGCAGGUGAUUCAAGAGGACGAAGUGCAAAUCCAAACAUCAGGCGACCAGAUUGCCAUUGAUGAUGAGGAGUACUCCAGUCAGCAGGCUGCUGCGGGAGUCGACAAUGCCAGCCAAAUGGAGGCCAGUCAUUAUGGCCCCGGCAAUCCGGAAGCCAAGCAACAGCAACAACAACAACAACAACAACAACAACAGCAACAUCGCUCCAAAUCGGGAUCAACGCGACCCAUGUUUAGUCCAGGUCCCACGCGUCCACCGUUCCGUAUACCGGAAUUCAAGUGGUCCUACAUCCAUCAGCGACUCCUCAGCGAUGUGCUCUUCUCGCUCGAAACGGACAUUCAGGUGUGGCGCAGUCAUUCAACCAAGAGCGUCCUCGACUUUGUCAACUCCAGCGAGAAUGCCAUCUUUGUGGUGAACACGGUGCAUCUGAUUUCACAGCUGGCCGAUAACCUGAUCAUCGCCUGCGGAGGUUUACUGCCUCUAUUGGCGAGCGCCACGUCGCCCAAUUCCGAACUGGACGUGUUGGAGCCCACGCAGGGUAUGCCUUUGGAGGUGGCCGUGUCCUUUCUGCAGCGUCUGGUCAACAUGGCCGACGUACUGAUCUUCGCCACCUCUCUGAACUUCGGUGAGUUGGAGGCGGAGAAGAACAUGUCCAGUGGUGGCAUCCUGCGCCAGUGCCUGCGAUUGGUGUGCACCUGUGCGGUGCGAAAUUGCCUGGAAUGCAAGGAGCGUACGCGCUAUAAUGUGGGUGCUCUGGCGAGGGAUGUCCCUGGUGCGGCGCACCUGCAGGCCCUCAUCCGCGGAGCUCAGGCAUCGCCCAAGAACAUUGUCGAGUCAAUCACCGGUCAAUUAUCGCCCGUCAAGGAUCCAGAGAAGCUGCUCCAGGACAUGGACGUCAAUCGCCUACGUGCCGUCAUCUAUCGCGAUGUGGAGGAGACAAAGCAGGCACAAUUCCUGUCGCUGGCAAUCGUCUACUUUAUAUCUGUGCUGAUGGUGUCCAAGUACCGUGAUAUUCUGGAGCCGCCGGCAGAGCCGCAGAUCCAGCGUCAAUCGCCAGUGCUGCAGCGCACGGCAGGCGGCGAAGCCGCCAGUGCGCGCCCUUUGUUUCCCCAAUGGUCGCAUCAUGUUUACCCGCAAUUCCUGCCCGAAUCGCACCAGAAUCACAGCAGCAACAUGCAACACCAGCAGCAGCAGCAGCAGCAGCAACAGCAACACUACUAUCAGCAACAACAGCAGCAGCAGCAACAGCAACAGCAGGUUGCCCACAAUCACAGCCAUCAUCACAUGACUGCUGCUUACUACCAGCAACAGCAACAGCAGCAGCAGCAACAUCAGCAAGUCGGAGUAUCUCAACAGCAACAUUCGCCCACUCCUUUGGCCACACAUUCAACCAGUUCUUCGGCCAGUUCUACGGCCACAUCUCAGCCAGCUUCGAGUUCCUCCCUCUCCAGCCUGGCCUCACAGAGUCAGCAGCAAUCGCAUCGUCAAAUGCACAAACAACAGCAACAGCAGCAGCAACAUCAGCAGCAGCAACAACAUUACCAUCCACAUCAGCCGCACUACGGAUUGAUCAAUGGUCAUCAGCAGCAUCAGCAGCAUCAACAGCUGAAUGGCAAACAUUAUACGGAAAAUGGAUCGGCAACGGGAUAUCAUCAGCAUCCUCAUCCACAUCCGCAUGGUGGCUAUAUGCGAAAUGGCGAGUCGACGGCACAGCAGAAUGGCAUUUCCGACUAUCAGGCAGUGGGACUGAUGAAUGGACAUGGCUCCAGUGCAACGGGUAAUAACAACAAUUCCAGCCUGAUGAACAACAUACGAAAUUUGAGGAAUGGAGCAGCAACGUCGUCAUCAUCGGCGGGAACCCAAGGUGGAAUUGCCACUACGGGAGCUGUGAAUGCAAAUGCUGCUGGUGUUGGCAUGGGUGUGGGUGUGGGCGUGGGCAUGGGCAUUGGGGGCCUGGCAGGGGGCUUGGAUGGAGGCGUGGCCUACAAGACGAGCGCCAUAAAUAAUAAUUAUCGCUACAAUGGACGCAACGCAUCCGCUGGAACAGGUGGUCGUCAAAUUCAGGAUAGUGACUAUGAGAUAAUUGUUGUCGAUGAGAACAAUCCAUCCGUUUUGGCCGAUAAUGAUUCACAUUCCAGUGGACCCCCAUCCAUAAAGGCCAACCAGACAACAACAACAACAGCAACAACAACAACAACCCAUAUUAACAACAACAACACUAAGACUACAACAACAGCAAAUGCUCCAACAACAACAACAAUUAAAAUUCAACAACAACCAUUGUCACCACCCAAGCCGUUGGUGCCACAAAAAUUACCAAAGAGCGUCGACUCGGAUGUGGGCUCCCUCAACAUGAACUCCACGGAGAACGAAGUGCCCGAGGUGGAGUCAUCCAGCGAGAUCCUCAUCGAUGACCACAAGCCGAGUCACUCGAACGACGAAAGCUGGACGGAUGUGAAUCUCAACGAGGAUGCAGCCGUUCAGGCGGCCAGUGCUGGAAUGGUUGUUGGACUGGUGGACAAUGGUGGCAAUGUUAUAUCGGACAAACACGAUCCGUCGCAUCACAAUCAACAGCAACAGCAACAGCAGCAUCAGCAGCAGCAGCAGGCGGGGAUUAUCGGACAGCAACAUGGAUCACUUGGCCAUUCGGAGCGGGGUGAUAAACCAGAUUCGGAAAUUUCGGUGGUCCGUGUGCCCGAUGGCUAUGGCGGUGCCGGUUCUGGCGUCAAUUCUGGCCAAGGACAGGGUGUCCCGCCCAAUCAGCGUCCUCGACCCGAGGAAUUGCCCAUGAAGGCGCCCGCUUUGGUGGCCCAACUACCGCUGACAACGCCGUCGCGGGAAGCAAGUCUCACCCAGAAACUGGAGAUUGCAUUGGGACCGGUGUGUCCUCUGCUCCGUGAAAUCAUGGUGGAUUUCGCACCCUUCCUGUCCAAAACUCUCGUUGGCUCCCACGGACAGGAGCUACUGAUGGAGGGCAAGGGUCUGACGACCUUCAAGAACUCGCAUUCCGUGGUGGAACUGGUCAUGUUGCUCUGCUCGCAGGAAUGGCAAAACAGUCUGCAGAAGCACGCAGGCCUGGCCUUCAUCGAGUUGAUCAACGAGGGUCGCCUGCUGUCGCAUGCCAUGAAGGACCACAUUGUCAGGGUGGCCAAUGAGGCGGAGUUUAUCCUUAACCGAAUGCGAGCCGACGAUGUCCUCAAGCAUGCCGACUUUGAAUCGCAGUGUGCCCAAACACUGUUGGAGCGAAGGGAGGAGGAGCGAAUGUGUGACCAUUUGAUAACCGCUGCGCGUCGCAGGGAUAAUGUGAUUGCAAGUCGCCUGCUGGAGAAGGUGAGAAACAUCAUGUGCAAUCGCCACGGUGCCUGGGGAGAUUCGAGUGCCAGUUCGAGUGGUGGCGCCAUUGUGGGAGCGGUGCAGAAGAGUCCGUACUGGAAACUGGAUGCCUGGGAGGACGAUGCCCGACGUCGCAAACGGAUGGUGCAGAAUCCGCGCGGCUCGUCGCAUCCGCAGGCUACGCUCAAGGCGGCUCUGGAGAACGGUGGACCCGAGGAUGCCAUACUGCAGACACGCGACGAGUUCCACACCCAAAUUGCCGUGUCGCGGGCACAUCCUUCGGGCCAGCACAAUGGUGAGCUGUUGGACGAUGCCGAGCUGUUGAUCGAGGAUCGGGAAUUAGACUUGGAUCUCACGGGUCCCGUCAACAUAAGCACCAAGGCGAGGUUGAUAGCUCCGGGACUGGUGGCACCCGGCACGGUAUCCAUAACCAGCACAGAGAUGUUCUUUGAGGUGGACGAGGAGCAUCCAGAGUUCCAAAAGAUCGAUGGCGAGGUCCUAAAGUACUGCGAUCAUUUGCACGGCAAGUGGUACUUCUCCGAGGUGAGGGCCAUCUUUUCGAGACGCUAUCUCCUGCAGAACGUGGCCCUGGAGAUCUUUCUGGCCAGCAGGACGUCCAUACUAUUUGCCUUUCCCGAUCAGCAUACGGUCAAGAAGGUGAUCAAGGCUCUGCCGCGUGUGGGUGUGGGCAUAAAGUACGGGAUACCACAGACCCGUAGGGCCUCCAUGAUGUCACCGCGUCAACUGAUGCGCAACUCUAACAUGACCCAGAAAUGGCAGCGUCGCGAGAUCAGCAACUUUGAGUAUCUAAUGUUCCUCAAUACGAUCGCCGGUAGGACGUACAACGACCUGAACCAGUAUCCCAUCUUUCCAUGGGUGCUGACCAAUUACGAGUCCAAGGACUUGGACUUGAGCCUGCCCUCCAACUAUAGGGAUCUCUCGAAACCGAUUGGCGCAUUGAACCCCUCGCGAAGAGCCUAUUUCGAGGAGCGUUACGAGAGUUGGGACAGCGACACCAUUCCGCCCUUCCACUACGGCACUCACUAUUCCACGGCGGCCUUCACGCUCAAUUGGCUGGUGCGAGUGGAACCGUUCACCACCAUGUUCCUGGCCCUGCAGGGCGGCAAGUUCGACUAUCCGGACAGGCUGUUCAGUUCGGUGUCGUUGUCGUGGAAGAACUGCCAACGCGACACGUCGGAUGUGAAGGAACUGAUACCCGAAUGGUAUUUCCUGCCCGAGAUGUUCUACAACUCGUCGGGCUAUCGGUUGGGCCAUCGUGAGGAUGGUGCCUUGGUGGAUGACAUCGAACUGCCGCCGUGGGCCAAGAGUCCCGAGGAGUUUGUGCGCAUCAAUCGCAUGGCCUUGGAAUCGGAGUUCGUGUCCUGCCAACUGCAUCAGUGGAUCGAUCUGAUCUUUGGGUAUAAGCAGCGUGGUCCCGAGGCCAUUAGGGCCACCAAUGUGUUCUACUACUUGACGUACGAGGGCAGCGUAGAUUUGGAUGGGGUCUUGGAUCCCGUGAUGCGCGAAGCCGUAGAGAACCAAAUCCGGAACUUUGGCCAGACGCCCAGUCAACUGCUAAUGGAGCCGCAUCCGCCACGCAGCUCGGCCAUGCAUCUGUCGCCCAUGAUGUUCAGUGCGAUGCCGGAGGAUCUGUGUCAGAUGCUCAAGUUCUACCAGAACUCGCCGGUCAUUCACAUUUCGGCCAACACGUAUCCGCAGCUUUCGUUGCCGUCGGUGGUCACGGUCACGGCGGGUCACCAGUUUGCCGUGAAUCGAUGGAACUGCAGUUACACAGCCUCCGUCCAGAGUCCCAGCUACGCCGAAUCGCCCCAAUCGCCGGGCUCCAAUCAACCACUCACCAUCGAUCCGGUUUUGGCUGUCCAUGGCACCAAUAACAAUAGCAAUGCGGUCAGCCGACGUCAUUUGGGCGACAAUUUCAGCCAGAUGCUAAAGAUUCGAUCGAACUGCUUUGUCACAACGGUGGACAGCCGGUUCUUGAUCGCCUGCGGCUUUUGGGACAACAGUUUCCGCGUAUUUGCCACCGAAACGGCGAAAAUCGUGCAAAUUGUGUUCGGUCACUUUGGAGUGGUGACGUGCAUGGCCCGUUCCGAGUGCAACAUCACCUCGGACUGCUAUAUAGCCUCCGGAUCGGCCGAUUGCACGGUGCUGCUGUGGCACUGGAAUGCCCGGACCCAGAGCAUCGUGGGCGAGGGCGAUGUGCCCACGCCACGAGCCACUUUGACGGGUCACGAGCAGGCGGUGACCUCGGUUGUGAUCAGUGCCGAAUUGGGUUUGGUUGUCUCUGGAUCGUCAAACGGACCCGUACUAAUCCACACCACUUUUGGCGACCUGCUGCGCUCACUGGAUCCACCGGCGGAGUUUCACUCCCCGGAACUGAUCACCAUGUCCCGCGAGGGCUUCAUUGUCAUCAAUUACGACAAGGGCAACGUGGCCGCCUACACCAUCAAUGGCAAGAAACUGCGCCACGAGACGCACAACGACAAUCUACAGUGCAUGUUGCUGUCGCGCGAUGGCGAAUACCUGAUGACCGCCGGCGAUCGCGGCAUCGUGGAGGUGUGGCGCACCUUCAAUCUAGCACCACUUUAUGCCUUCCCCGCCUGCAACGCGGGCAUACGAUCCUUGGCCCUCACCCACGAUCAGAAAUACCUUCUGGCCGGACUUUCGACGGGCUCGAUCAUAGUAUUCCACAUCGACUUCAACCGCUGGCACCACGAGUACCAGCAGCGCUACUAAGUUUGGACGCUUUGACAUUCCAACAACCCACGACUCGCCAGUUAACAGAGGCCAAGAAAAUGGAAACAGAAACGGAAACGGAAACGAAAACAGAAACGGAAAUAAAAUAUGGAAACGAUCGCAAAGCAACUACGAAGUACUUAUAAAAAAGAUGGCAUGGAUGGAGGAUCGGUUUUUUUCUAUAUAGACCUUUACAACUCUAGGCUAGUAAGCGAAACUAUGUUUUUUUUUGUCUAGUAUUAAUUGUGCAUUAGUGUGUGUUUGGCCCAUGAAAGCCAGUCAAAAAAAAAAAGUAACAACAAAAAAAAAGAGAACGGAACAGAACAGAAGAUGAAAACAUUUUUUUUACUAGUAUUAACAAAAUGUAUGUUAAGUUAUGGCAAAAUGGAGGAGGGCAAAGGCAAAAGCAAAAGGUAAACGGCAAAAACAAGGGGAUAUCGACGGAGGAGAAGGCAAGUGAGGAGAGUUGGCGGCUUAAGUAAGUAGUUGAAAUAAGACAAAUGAAGUUAGUGUUUAUAAAACGCAAUAAGCAGUUAAUAAAUCUUAAAGUAAAUCUAAAACUAAAGCUAAUUCCACAUGCAUUAUAAUACCAACGUAGCAAAAGUUCUCAUAAAAAUUUAAACAACAAAAAAAAACAAAACGCUGCGCAACGAAAAUGAAGGGAGAAAAUAAUGAAACUAAAGCGGCCAAAAGGAAGAAAAAUGGUAGAGAAAGCAGAAAGCCAAUUUUUAAUUAAAGCGUUAGUUCUUUGUGACAAAUCCACACACACACAUACACACUCCGAAACACACCCCAUUUAUACACACACACACACACACACACAUUAACAAGGUAACCAAGCAAGGACAAUGCCAAGGCAAUAAAGCUGAUAAAUAGAGAAGAAAAGAGAGGGCAGAGUAAAACGGAGCAGGAAACGGAAGAGAAGCAUGAGGCGGAUACGAGAUAUUUUAGUACACACACGCAUAUGUAUUUGUAGCUAACUAACACUCAACUUAACUACAACAAAAAAAACGCUAACUAAAAUCCAAACAACAACUAAAAUAUCAACGCUGCUAAGAGCCACAGAAUAUAAUAAAUAAAUAACAACAAACACAAAUAUAAAAAGGCAUUUUAUAUAUAUAAAUAAACUUACAGAUAUAUCCGCCAACGGAAGCGGAAUAUGCAAAACUUAUCCAAGCGAAUGCGGCGAUUACGUUUUUCGUUCUCGUUUCACAAAUAUCACGCAUACGCCAUGCUGCACCGCCCGCUAAUUUCGAAACGAGAGCGAAAACAAAUAAAAACAAAACGAAAACAAAAUAUAGUCUUAACAUAUAUAUUCGUUGUUUUUUUUUUUGUAUAUUCUCUACAAUUGUUUGUUCUUUGAAUUUUUUUGUUAGCUAUAUUUGUUAGGUAAAAGUGAGAAAAUUUUCGAUUGCGUCCAAAAUUAGCCUACUACCCCCCAUGUCACGUCGACUCACACAAAAUGAAAAAUUGGCUUCCUCGAAACAAAACCAAUCAAUGAACGUCCAGGAUGAGGUGUUUUUUAUAAUAUAUUGACCGCAGAUUCUGCCUUUGAUUUUCCCAAGCGAUUCGCAACCAAAAACAAAAACCAACCAAUCCAUCCAUGGCGCACCACUCUGGCACUAACCGAUUAGAUUUGUAUAUAAAACGAGUGCUUAGGCAAUUACUAUAACCAUACUUCAAGUAUAUAUAGAGUUUACGGCUAAAAACGUACACAUUCGGUUGUAAAAGCGCAAAAGCGAUACAAAUUGAAUCAAGUCCAGCUGAAAGAAACCCUCCCCAAAAUAAAAUUGGAACCCACAUAUAGGUAUUGUGAAUGUAUGAAUAUGUUGUGUAGAGCUGGAAAAUCAUCCUCGCUUGCAAAUAAACACAUAUAAGCACGGACGUUUCUCCAGCUCUUAUUGUUGUGUCUUGUCCGAUUUAAUCUGGAGCUUGAAGAAAAUACCCUAAAACAGAUACGUUUUUCCAUUUACUAUUUUUUUUUUUUUGUGUGCGAUUUUUUUUUUUUUAGAUCCUAAAAAUCUCCCAAAUUUAUCACCUUAAACACGAACUUAAUUCGCAAUUAGAACGGAUUCGAUUUUUCCACUCUCUGUGUGUACAUAUUUAAGAAGCAUUAUGCUAAUAACAGCUAGAAUGACAACCCUCAGCAAAUUAAAUAAAUAAAUAAACAUUUAAUAAUAAUCCACGCAAACAGCUUACAUUUAAUUUCACGAUUUUUGUUUGUUUUGUUAAGUCCACAAGAGUUAAUUAAAUACCGCGACAAAGCGAAGGUGACGAAUAAAAAUUACAACUAUUAGUAAUUUAAAUGUUGUACAUAAAUCCAUGGAAAACGGUCCUAAGAGUAAAGUAUUUUUAAAGCCCAAUGCGAAAGUCAGCAAGUAAGCAUCCGAACGGAAAAGAGGAAAAGGAAUUCAAAUCAAAUCAAAUUAAAGGAAACGCAAUGAAGCGAAAGCGGAUAACUUGAACUCGAUGGAAAAGUCGAGGCAGAAAACUCGAACUCCGAGCAGUAACUACAAUUUUUUUUCUGCGCGCACAGCCGUGUAUAUCUUAAUUUGAUAUGGUAUAAAAAGUUUAGCUACUAACUGAAAGUAUACAGAAAACAUGAAUAUUAACUGCGGACGCCAACAAUUUUUAAUUACGCACUUUUUAUAUAACUUAAUGAGAAUGAAAAAGUUGGAAAAUCGAGACGAUAGUCAUAUUAAACAUAACAUAAAUAUAAAUAAAUUACAUAACGUUUUUAUUAACAAAAAGAAACAACAAAAUGGCUGACAAUUUUAAAUUUAUACAAAAAGAAAUUUAACUUCGCAAAAAGUUAAGUUAUAAAUGAAAGAAAAAUACAAAAAAAAAUAAAAGCAAAAAAUAUGUAAGAAAUUUACUCAUGCACGGGCAAGAUUUAUUUCAUAUAAUUAUUUACACAGGCGGAAGAAGGCAUUUUAAAAUUAGUGCAUAAAGCCGUAAAUCGCAGGCAAAGUUAAAGCUAAAGACAGGCACACACAAAAAAACACACACACACACAUAUACACAAUCGAAAUAUAUAUUGAUAUACAUGUGUAUAUAUAUUUUGUCAACAUUGUUAAAUAGCAGAAUAACAAACAAGAGAGCCAAAAACAACAAUUUAAUCUAUUCAGCAGCAGCAACAAAAGCAAAAGACAGCAAAAUACGAAAUACAAAUUACGAAUAACAAAUUACCAAAUACAUAAAAAGAUAAUGCUACGAAAUAAAUGUUCAUUAAUAUUGCUAAAUAAAAACUAUUUAUAUAUAUAAUUAUAAAAUAAA